UAGUUGUUUACCAGAAGUUGUUUUAUUUCUAUAUCCAGGUUCACCUUUCUUAGGCGGCAUUGUGUCAGUACCCGAUUUGUACAUUUAGGAGCACUAACAAACUACAACCAUAGAUAUUCAUGUCAAUGAUCAAACAGACAUUUGUGCUUUUAAUAUGAAAUGGUUUUAGCAUUUCACCGGAAGUUGUUUUAUUUUGACGGUCUAAACUAAACAAAGUGACGUUGCUUAAUAAACACAGCAGGCGAGGCAGCUCCUUUCAGUUAGUGCCCCCAGAAAAAAUAAUUUUGCUAAUUUAUUUUUAUAGUCAUGCAGUCUUCCAAAAGAAGUGAGAGUGACUGGCAGGGACUCGUAAGUGAGUUCUUGGUGUGUAAGCGCAAGUUGGACAGUAAGAAAGAGGCUCUGCUCAUCCUCUCCAAGGAGUUGGACACUUGUCAACAGGAGAGAGACCAGUACAAGCUGAUGGCCAACCAGCUGCGAGAACGCCAUCAAGGACUCAAAAAGAAGUACAGAGAACUCAUUGAUGGUGAUCCGUCUCUGCCACCAGAAAAACGUAAUCAAGUGAAUCUGGCUCAGCUGCUGAGGGACUCUAGAGAACGAGUGAAACAGCUCUCUGAGGAGGUGAAGGACCUCACUCAGAGGCUUGCAGAGGCUCAAGGAGAUAACAAGCUUCUGAGGAUGACUAUUACGAAACAGAGGCUGGGGGAUGAUGAAGUUGGGGUGCGUCACUUUCCGGCCCAUGAGCGGGAGGACCUGGUUUGCCAGCUGGAGAGAGCUGGGCUACAGAUGGAAGAAAUGGAAAACUCCAUCAAGGCCCUGACGGAUGAGCUCCAGGACGUGAAGGCAGAACGCAACGUGUUCAAAGAGAAGGCUGACCGACUAAACGUUGAACUCAACCACAUUCUGGGGAACCACGAGUCUCGCAUCAUCGACGUGGACGCUCUUUGCAUGGAAAACCGGUAUCUGCAUGACCGCUUCACUCAGCUGCAGGAGGAGGUCACCCUAUUAAAAUCUAACAUCAUGAAGUACAAGACGGCCCUUGAGAGGAGGAAAAACUCCGGCCCACAUGGAAGAUCAAGUAGCAACCCCCUCACUGGUGUUCUCUCAGCCAAACAAGUCCAGGAGAUGCUCCUGGAGGAGCAGGGCUGCAGUUUGCCUCUCACUCCUCAGUCCAUCUCAGACCUGAAGUCUUUGGCCACUGCUCUGCUGGAGACCAUCCACGAGAAGAACCUGGUCAUCCAGCACCAGAGGCACACGAACAGGAUUCUGGGUAACAGGGUGUCGGAUUUGGAAAGGAAGCUCAGGACCUUAGAGGUUUCUGGUUUAUGGAGUCUUCCAGGCUUGACCUACCACGUAUCAGUGGGAAUUGGGAGAACGCGGGACAGCAUCACUCUGAACGAAAACCUUCAACUCGAGCUGCAUCCGACCCCAUCCCAACCAAGCGCCCAGGCUCAAGGGCAGAUGCCUAAAGACAAUAGAAGUUCACGUGAAUCCUCCUGGGAAUGCCCCGCCGCUGGCACUGACCUUAGCACAGAUGGUGUCAGCAGGGGAGACACACCUGCGCUCCUGAACAUCCUGGAUCCUCUUGCCGAGGUGGAAUCGGCUGACAGGAGAGGGGAGCAAACCGUGACCCUAACCGGGGAUCCUGAGCUGGAGGAUGGACAGAGUCCAGUGGAAGAAGCGGGGCGUGAGGCGGAGGUGUCGGAGGAUGAAGACCUGUGCUCCACCGUGGAGGAAGGAGAAGAGGCGGCGGAGGCGCUGGAUGCCCCGCCCUCUGAGUCUGAGCUGCAGUGGCUUACGAUGGAACGAGCCUCCGUCAAACGGUUGAGAGAUGGUCACCUGCCCAACCGGGACGAAUCGCGAGAAGUCUCAGCUUUGACUCCAACGAGGGAAGUUGUGGAAGAGUCGAGCAGAACUGAGCAGGACGACACCUGUUCAUCCAAAACCUGUCAGAAUGACACAUUAACAUAAUGCAAUGUCAGGAAAAAUUUAAAUAAGUGCAGCUACAUUUACAUUUCCACUUGCACAACCUCACAACUUUUGUUCUUUUCCUUUCCUUUUUUGUCAAAAACACAUUUUUUAGCCAAAGCUGAAAUAAUGCCUUGCACCGAGGUGAGUUUGUUGCUGUGUGGGAGCAGAACAUCUUCAAAUCAAUGGAGUUGUAAACCGCAUGCCCUCGAGGAGGAAUUUAGCUAGAAAAACAGCAUCAUCAACUCCCGUGUCUCAUGUUUCCUUUUUGUUUCCCUUGUGAAAAAAAUAAUCCCAAUUGUUUGCUCUUAAAGGAUACGAGAGUAGUAAUGAUCUAUUUUGGUGGGACUCCUUUAGGAAUUUCAAAUUGGUGUGCCAGAUCCUCUAAUGAAUGUGUUGUACAUAUUUUUUUUUGAAUCAUUUCUCUUUUGACUACUGAUGGUGGUUCGUCUGCAGGAGUAGGUCCUCAAAAUAGGUCCAGAUGUAUAUUUUCUAGUUUUGGAUGCAACUGCGUGUGCCUUAAAUGUCAAAUAUUUGAUGUGUAAAUAUAGAUGCAUAAACCUUCAA